AUGGCUCCUCAUCCAGCAGCAGGCAAACGUUUCAUACUACAUUAUCGUCCCUCUGAUGGCGAUGCCGAUCUACUAGUACCAAUACCUCGUAUUAAGGCUGCCUUGGAUUAUUGGCGGGCACGACCUCCACAUAACGGCUCUCAAGGUCGGAUCAAGUAUGAUGCCGACUUUAGUACUGUUGACAUCAUAAACUAUACUGAUGAUGAUGAUGAUGGGCAAGAUGAGAUCUCUUUAUUGGCUGCUGUUGGUCAACAAGAAGAUGAAGCUAGAUCA